GAGUCUCUCACUGAAUUAGAGGACCACCCUCUUUGGCAUUCGCUCUCAAUUUCAAUCUCGGAGGCCGGAGCUAUAAUUUCUUCAUUUAUCGUCGAUUAGGGUUUUCCCCCCUAAAGCCCUCCGCCCGUUGGUUUGGUUAGUCGAGGAGAGACCGAGAGAGAGAGAGAGAUGGGGAAGAACGAGAAGACGGGGCUUGGACGAGCUCUGGUGAAGCACCAUAACCAUAUGAUACAGGAAUCGAAGGCCAAGGGGAAGUACUACAAUAGCCUGCAGAAGAAGGUUCUUGAAUCCGUGACGGAGGUCAGCGACAUUGACGCCGUCAUCGAGCAGGCCGAGGAGGCUGACCGGAUUUUCUCUCUCCACCGUGACUCCUCCGCGCCUCUGCCCAUCAAUCUGGACACAAGUUCAAGCUCGAGUGUCAUAGCUGCUGAAGAAUGGAAAGAGCAACAGAAGAGAGAGGAAGAGUUACAUGCCAAUUGUCUUCAAGUGCCCCGAAGGCCUCCAUGGACACCUGAAAUGUCUGUGGAAGAACUUGAUGCUAAUGAAAGACAAUCUUUUCUGAGUUGGCGUCGGAUGCUUGCUAGACUCGAGGAAAAUGAAAAGCUUGUGUUGACCCCAUUCGAAAAGAACCUGGACAUCUGGAGACAGCUCUGGCGUGUGCUUGAACGUAGUGAUUUGAUCGUUAUGGUUGUCGAUGCUAGAGAUCCGCUUUUCUACCGUUGCCCUGAUCUUGAGGCAUAUGCUCGAGAAAUAGAUGAGCAUAAAAGAACGAUGCUUCUGGUAAACAAAGCGGAUCUUUUACCUUCUUAUGUCAGGGAGAGGUGGGCAGAGUACUUCCGCCGCAACAAUAUCCUAUUCGUCUUCUGGUCGGCCAAAGCUGCUACGGCUACUUUAGAAGGCAAAGUCCUGAAAGAACGAUGGAGAGAUCCCGAUAAUGCGCAGCAGAAAGACGACCCGGAUGUUAAAAUAUAUGGAAGGGAUGAGCUUUUGGCUCGUUUACAGUUUGAGGCCGAAGAGAUUGUUGAAAUGAGGAAAUCAUCAGAGCCCUCGGCUACUGUAUCUCGCCGCAAACAUGUUAUCGUUGGAUUCGUCGGGUACCCUAACGUGGGGAAGAGUUCUAACAUCNNNNUGUUGGUGGGUCAAAAGCGGACUGGUGUCACCUCUCCUCCGGGUAAAACGAAACAUUUCCAGACAUUGAUAAUCUCCGAUGAGCUUACCCUAUGCGACUGUCCCGGGUUGGUAUUCCCUUCGUUCUCGAGCUCGAGAUACGAAAUGGUUGCUUGUGGUGUGCUUCCGAUUGACCGGAUGACUGAGCACCGUGAAGCUGUUCAGGUCGUGGCUGAUAGGGUCCCGAGAAAUAUCGUCGAGAAUGUCUACAACAUCACUCUCCCUAAACCGAAACCCUACGAGCCUCAAUCCCGCCCCCCUCUCGCUGCGGAGCUUCUAAGAACGUAUUGUGCCUCUCGUGGUUACGUUGCUUCCAGUGGACUCCCCGACGAAACAAGAGCAGCCAGGCAGAUUCUGAAGGAUUACAUCGACGGGAAGCUGCCUCAUUUCGCGAUGCCACCAGGGAACAAACCCGAGGUGGAGGACACCCGAGGAUCUGAAACUGAUGACGGGUCAGAGCCCGAGGAUUCUGCGGGGGAUGAGGACGAGGCAGCGGAGCAGCAACAGCCUCAGGUUCUGGACAACGUUCUCGAUGAUCUGAGCUCGUUCGAUCUUGCAAACGGGCUGGCUUCAUCGAAGAAGGUGAGCGUGAAGAAGAAGCCCGAGUCGCAUAAGCAGCACAAGAAGCCGCAGAGGAAGAAAGAUCGGACGUGGAGGGCCGGGAACGUCGGAGAAGAUGGAGAUGGAAUGCCGGUGGUUAGGGUUUUCCAGAAACCGGCGAACACAGGGCCUUUGAAGAUGCGUUGAUUCAGUAAUCUCUCUUUGGUACGUUUGUUUGAAGACUUGAAGUUGUGUAAUGAUACAGUGGCUGGCGGAUGCAAGUGAAGGUACAAUUAAUUAAUGUUCUGCCAAAAAAUGAUUUGAUUAAUAUGCUCUGAAACUAUAAUAUAUAUGUUCAAGUUUGCCCAAUUCUUGAUCCUGGGAACAAUAUCUUCAUGUUUAAUUUUUUUUUUUUGUUUCAUCUCAUAUAAUGUGCUUUGUUUAGAUU